AUGUCUUCACCAUAUGUUUCUGAUAAAGAACUAUCAAAGUCUGAUCCAAGUUGGCAAAAAACUUUUCAUAAACCCAAAGAUGAUUUAGCAAACUACAAUAAUGAAUUUGUAAAGAGUUUAGAAAGUAGAGAUGAAUUUAAAAGUGAAUUAGAGAGUGAUGGAUUUGAAAAUGAGUCAGAAAGUAUUAACAAAUUUGGAAAUGGACUGAAAGAUGACUAUGGAUUUAAAGAAGUGUUAGACUAUGAAAGUGAAUUUGCAAGUAAAUUAGAAAGUGAUAAAAACAAUUCAAUUAUAACCAAUACAACUUCAACUUUAACAAGCAGUGAAGGAAGUAUACCUUUUAUAUCUUCUGAGAUUGCUGUUAUGAUUCAACUUCUCCAAGUUAAAGUUAGAAGUAACCUUACUGAAGAAGCUUUUUAUAAUAUUAUAGAAGCU